CUUCCAUAAUUCCUCAUCUUCUCUCUCUCUCUAAUCUAUCUUAUAAAAACCCACAGAAUCUAUCUUAAAGCCCGCAAAACUGUACCUCACUCUUCUUUCAUCGUUCUUUCAAGCUCACUCUGGCGUAUUUACGGUUCUACCCUUCUGGUUAUGAUAGCUCCCAACCACGCGCCGCCUUCUCCCUCCCUGGGCUUCCCCCGCCCCAGAUUCGUUAGGUACCGCCGAUUGAGGUAACUGCUAACCAACUCCAACCAAUUAACCACAGUCGAAGAAAAAACAAGCUCUUAUAUUCCAUCAUGAAGAACCAGCGGAGUGCCCACGUCGACUCUCACCGCCGUGGAAGGUUGUUAUCGGAGAAAUCUUCUUCUUUUCACGUUGCGGCCACCGCAGCCCCGGCUACCAUGUCCGCUGGGGGACAGAUUCGUAGGCCGAAGACGAUGCCGGACUUAGUGUCACACAGGAAACGCGCCGAGGCGACGGCGACGGUGCCUGAAUUUGUUCGAAGAGAGCCACCGAAGAUGCUGGUGAAGGUGACGAUGAUGGGGAGCCUUGGCCCCGUGCAGGUGGUCAUGCCUCCGGAAUCCACGGUGGCGGAUUUGGUUGCGGUGGCGGUCCGACAAUACGUGAAGGAAGGCCGCCGCCCAAUCCUGCCAUCCCACGACCCGUCCCACUUCGAUCUCCAUUAUUCUCAGUUUAGCUUAGAAAGUUUGGAGAGGGAUGAUAAGUUGAGGGAGCUUGGAUCUAGAAACUUCUUCCUUUGUCCCAGGAGGUGCGGUUCUGGCAUCACCGUGGAAACCGGAGGGAAAACGGCGUCGUUUGGUUCGUGUUCGAAAGAGGUUCAAAAAGGAGGAAAGGGGGGUGGUUGGCUUAGGUUCAUUGAUUUCUUGUUCUGAAACCGUUUCCUUUUUUUGGUUGGUUGGCUCAGAACUUGAGGAAUGCUCUUCAUUUGGAUUUUUUGCAAUAAAAAAUCUUUUUGUUUCCCCUUGCAUAAUAGAAAGUAUGAUAUAUAAUUGGCUGGUUGCUUUGUAAAAAUUAUUAAAAAAUUAGGUCGGCGAUUUAGUGGGGUGCUAGUUUUAGAUAUGUUGGCAUGGGCAUGCCUUUAUGCAUUAGCACAAGUGAGGGAAUGCAUUAUGCGUGUAUGUUUGUUAGAUUCAUAAAAAAAAAAAAACUAUUUAGUUCAUUAGAUUCUUUUCCCUUUUGAGUCACUCUUUCUACUUUGAAUUUUUUUGUUUUCUGUUCUUUUCCUUGGUGCCAAGUAAAGCCCAUCUUGUAAGUCUUUGUAUUAUACCAUCUACUACUUUGGUGUAUUUUACUGGGAUUGUAGUAACAUAGUUGACAAUCGCACUUGAACA